AUGUGUUACGCCACCCCGAUCUUCAGCCAGCAAGGCUCUAUAUCAGAGGCAUUAGCGGGUUUCCUCCGUGACACCUCGGAACUGCUGGACGGAGAACCGCCAGAUGCAACCCACCUUCUGCCGGAGUACGACUUCAUCAUCAUCGGAGCUGGAACAGCCGGUUGUGUUCUCAGCAAUCGACUAACAGAAGUUGAACAGUUCAAGGUUCUCCUCCUCGAAGCCGGGGGCAGCGAGCAGUUUUACAUGGACAUACCGGUGUUAGCAACCCUUCUACAGUUCACAGAUGCCAACUGGAACUAUUUCACGGAACCACAGAAAGGGGGAUGUAGAGGCAUGCGAGCCGGACGCUGCGCGUGGCCUAGAGGGAAGGUCAUUGGAGGUUCAUCUGUACUUCACUCCAUGAUGCAUACGAGAGGAAACCGCAAGGACUACGACAGAUGGGCUGCUAACGGAAAUCCAGGUUGGAACUACCAAUCGAUUCUCAAAUAUUUCAAAAAAUCAGAAAAUAUGCAGAUACCUGAAUUAGCAAGGGAUAGACGUUACCAUUCUACCAAGGGAGAAAUGUCAUUGACGUAUCCUAACUGGAGGACACCACUGUCAGAUGCUUUUUUGAAAGCUGGUGUAGAAUUAGGAGGUAAAAUUGUCGAUUAUAAUGGAGAGAAACAGAUAGGAUAUUCUAUUAUUCAAUUCACAAUGAACAAUGGUUCGAGAAUGAGCGCUAGUAAGGCAUUCUUACAUCCUUUGAAACAUCGUACAAAUCUACAUAUUGCAAAGAAUGCGAUGGUGACACGAAUACUGAUUGACCCGUGGACUAAGAGAGCACAUGGAGUAGAAUUUAAUAAGAAUGGUAAGAAAUAUGUGAUAUCAGCUAGAAGGGAAAUUAUUCUGUCUGCUGGCGCUAUAAACUCUCCGCAACUGUUGAUGAUUAGUGGUAUAGGUCCAAAAGAACAUUUAAAUGAGAAGAAUAUUACAACUAUUGUAGAUUUACCAGUGGGAUUCAACUUACAAGAUCACUGGGCUUUAGGAGGGCUCACUUUCGUUAUUAAUACUACUGAUUCCAUUAGAUCUGAACGAAUAGCAACAUGGGAUAAUAUCGUUGAAUAUUUCAGUCACCACACAGGGCCUUUGUCAGCGCCUAGUGGCACAGAAGCUCUCGCUUUCAUCGAUACAAAAAACCCUACAGAUGAUAACGGAUACCCGGAUCUUGAGUUACUGUUUGUGGGAGGCUCUUUAGUUUCACAGCCUACAUACAAACAAGCUUUUGCAAUUGACGAAAAUAUAUUUGAUCAAGUGUAUGGCCCCAUCAAAGACAAAGACACGUGGAUGGUGUUUCCAAUGCUUUUGUUACCUGAAUCUAAAGGAAGAAUAUUACUGAAAAAUAAAAAUCCAUAUUCCAAACCGAUUAUAUAUGCAAAUUACUUUUCUGAUGGAGGCCAUGAUCAGGAAGUGAUACUAUAUGGUAUUAGAAAGGUAAUAGAACUGUCUAAAACAAGGGCAUUCCAGAAGUUCGGCAGCAAACUGCACGAUGUACCUUUGCCCAAUUGUGCGCAUCAUGUGUUCAAUUCGGAUGAAUAUUGGUACUGUGCUAUGAGGACAAUAACGAAUACGAUUUACCACCAUUGCUGUACGAACAAAAUGGGACCUAAAAAUGACCCUGAUGCCGUGGUGGACCCGCGUCUGAGGGUUUAUGGUGUAAGAGGCUUACGUGUAGUUGAUGCUAGUAUAAUGCCGCAUGUUCCAGCUGCUCAUACGAAUGCUCCAACAAUGAUGGUAGCUGAAAAAGCAGCAGAUAUGAUAAAGGAAGAUUGGGGCAUUUUAAGUCCAUAA